UGUAUGCCGGCUGCGAGGAAGCUGCGGGCGGCGCGGGUUGCUGGCUUUCCUGAGGACGGCGUGCGGAGUGGGGGGAAUGAAGGAUGGCAGCACGCCGUGCAUUAAAAGCUGUUUUGGUAGAUCUCAGUGGCACACUUCACAUUGAAGAUGCAGCUGUGCCAGGCUCACAGGAAGCUCUUAAAAGGUUGCGUGGUACUUCUGUAAUAGUUAGGUUUGUGACCAAUACAACUAAAGAGAGCAAGCAAGACCUGUUGGAAAGGUUGAGAAAAUUGGAGUUUGAUAUCUCCGAAGAUGAAAUAUUCACAUCUCUGACUGCAGCCAGAAGUUUAGUAGAACAGAAACAAGUCAGACCCAUGCUGCUAGUUGAUGAUCGGGCACUACCUGAUUUCAAAGAAGCCUUGCUUUUAGCCAAUUUCCAUUUUCUCGGUCUCCCUAGGUUACUCCUGGAUGGGGCACCUCUGAUAGCAAUCCACAAAGCCAGGUAUUACAAGAGGAAAGAUGGCUUAGCCCUGGGGCCUGGACCAUUUGUGACUGCUUUAGAGUAUGCCACAGACACCAAAGCCACAGUGGUGGGAAAGCCAGAGAGGACGUUCUUUUUGGAAGCAUUGCGGGGAACUGGCUGUGAACCCGAGGAGGCCGUCAUGAUAGGAGAUGAUUGCAGGGACGAUGUUGGUGGGGCUCAGAAUGCCGGCAUGCUGGGCAUCUUAGUGAAAACUGGGAAAUACCGAGCAGCAGAUGAAGAAAAAAUUAAUCCACCUCCUUACUUGACUUGUGAGAGCUUUCCUCACGCUGUGGACCACAUUCUGCAGCAUCUACUGUGAACCAUUACGUGCAUCUGAAGCAACUCUAAACGCAGCUUUUCAUUGUCUGGAAUGAAUCCCUUCCCAACUCAAUGCCAGCAUCGAUAGACACGUACCACUCAGUGCUGAUCCUGUUUUAACCCUCUUUUAUUGUGCAUUAAUUAGAAAGAAAGGCAUUGAAUUGCAGCCAGCAACUAAGCCUCACUAAUCCCUUUUGUUUUAGUUGGUAACAGAAGAUGAGACCCAAAGAAAGGGAAAGCUGAGAUUUUGUGCCAUUCCUUUUAAAAUAUUCAUCAGGUUGGGCAGGCCUGGGAGGGAGACGCUACUGCGGGGGCGAGUGUUCGCUGCUGUCUCCUCACUGGGAAACAGGAGGGGAGGGGGGAAUUCAGACUGUGAAUAAAGUCGAAUGGUGGUUUUUAAAUUAUAAAGUAAUGCACUAAAAGGUGCAUUAGGCUGUAGUUUUAAUAUCAAGUUCAACUGUGAACUCCAUCAGAAGUGCCAAGCAGAGUAUAAGACAUAAGCAGCAAAGCGAAUUGUCCUUUCGCCCAAGUGAGACAGUGAAUUUGCUUUAACAGAUGUUGAAAAGUAGAUUUUCUACUGUAUUCCCAGCACGGGUGACUUCUUUUCUCUUCAUUAGCCAGAGAUGACUAAUUUAAAUUUAGAACCGGAUUUUAAUUUAAAAUAAUAUUUCCAUUAAUAACCUAUUCAUUGCAGAUACCUAUUAUACCGUGUAACAGUUGUUUUGGAAAUUUUAUGUAAAAUUAAAACUAUCAGUAUUUUACAGAUGUUUUAAUUAGACAUUGUUAUUAACAGGAACAGUGCAGAAACUAAAAUCAAGCCUUUAAUGUCUUACAGACCAUGCAUUUUUGAAGUUAGUGUCCACCAGGGUCCUAUUAACUGUACAUUUGCAAGAUUUCAUUAUUUUUGCCUCUGACACUCUGGGAAAAAUCUUUUAGAAGCUAUUGGGACAGAUUCAAGCUUUUAUGUACUUGGUUACUACAGCUGUAAAAUGAAAUCUCGUCUUGGAGCAUGGAUUAUUCUUCUCCUGUUAAACCCACCAAAAUGAAGGGGACUAAGUAGGUAAUGAUUUUCCUGGUGCAUUUGCAUACUGUGAUAAUCCUGGGCCUUCGCAGUUGUUUCACAGGGCUCUUGGGCAUUGAAUUAUUAGAAUGUAAUUGUACAUGAUUGUAGUGUUCACCUUAUUGAAACUCACACUGAUGUUAAUGAGCUUCGGCUUUUGAUGCUUGUUUAGAGAUCAGCUUGGUCUUAGAUGGAAGGGAGGAAAGCUAAAUAAAUGGUAGUUUGGUGA